AUGUUGAUUUCGGACUGGUUUUGUAAAACAUUAUGUUCACCGCCGCCUCAAUGGGAUCCUGUCCACAGUGUCAAAGGUGUUUUGUACACUCUAUCCGCAGAAAUUGAGGAGCCAUUUGAAGCGUGGAUCGAUGAGCUCCGAAAACAGUCACGUAUCGAUUACUAUGACGGCACCGUGAAAACGUAUCAAUUGAGCCAAAGCAGAGUGCAUGGCACAUCACUCAAAGUGGUUGCAGUUACAACCGAUCAAGAACCAAAUAGAAUCACCUGUUUGCAAGUCAAUGGCACUGAACAUCGCCAAAUUAAAUAUCAGCCCAUUUUACCUGAUUGUAAGGAGUUUCAAUUUAGGAACUCAGAAGAGCUGCUUGGUUGGAAAUGUGACAAGUUUGUGUAUGAAGAGAUAAUCGAUCGGAACAGUCAGAAAUACACAAUGUGGGUGCGAUAUGUGGAAAUGCCAGAUUCAACUCGUAAACCAAUUCCAAUUCGCUUUGAAGUAUUAGGUUGGGAUAAUUUGAUUGGGGCACACUACGAUCAUUAUCACCUGGAUUAUAACAACUAUUCGAGUGACGAAAUACCCGAUGCUAUAUAUACUCUGAACACAGGUAAAUCGUGCGUUGGUUUCCCAGGACCUGGUGUUGAACAUUACGCAAUUUUCAAUCCAAUGAAUGAGUUUGUCCACCCAGUUGAUUCAUCGCAUAUUUAUCUCGAACACAAACGUUUCAUGAAUAUACAUGGAGUUGCAUAUGCAACAACUGAUGAAAGAAUGACUCGGCAAAAUGUCUUCAUGCAAAAUUUACGCUACAUUCACUCGAAAAAUCGUGAGCACUUGGGAUUCAGUUUGACAGUGAAUGCAUUGGCCGAUCGAACUCAGGACGAGAUUGAAUCGAUUUUCAAGAAAAAUUAUUAUAUCUAGUUUCUCCGAUUCAAGUGCUAAUACACAAUCAUUAUCGUUGUAUGUAUUUUUCAUAGCAAGCCAAUGAAUGAACUAUAAUUUAGAGAAGGUAAUCAUUAGAAUCGUCAAAUUGUAUUUGUAAAAUGACUAAAGAGAUCAAUGAGUCAUGAACAUGACAAAUUCGUGUUUGUUAGAUCAAUCUUCGCUUUUAUUUCAGAAGGAUAAGUGUUUUUAAAAAUAAUUCGAUUAGCGUAUAAUUGCCAUUGUUUAGUGAGACACUCAAAAUACAUGAUUCAUUAUCCAUAGGCCAUUGAGAUAAAAUUCUAAGAAGAAAAACUCACGAGUGUUGUUCAUGAUCUGUAUCGUGUCACGAAAUCAAUAAUUUUUCCAGUUUUAAAUUUGGUCAAUAACAAUAAAAGCCUGAUAACAGCCAAA